UAUUCGAUGGUGAAAAUGUAAAAAUAAGCCCAUCUGUACCAAUUAAAUUUAUCGUGUUCAUUGAAGUAGUGCCAAAUAUUGAAAAUUAUUGUUUCAUAGUUUGUACGCAACAGAAUUGAAUAAGUUCGCAAUUGCACCCAUACUUUCAUGAAUAACGGUUGCUAUAAAGCCACAAUACCCUCGACUCCGACAACAGUCCUCUAGGGAAGCGCGUGCCAACACAAUAUCCAAAAAAAUUCAACGCGAUGGCUGCUUAUUUUAAGAUAUUUGCCGUAGUGGCUCUUGUCUCAAGUGUCUCAACAAACCAAGCGCCUGGUGGUUAUUCCUAUAACCGAUUCAGUGGUCCUGUUAGUGGGCAAAUAGUAGAAGUCGAAGUGCCUGCUGCAAAAAAUAUUGCAGCACAACAACACGCGAGUUACGGCUACGAUCAUAACGCCGGUCAAAUAGAUCCUGAAACGGCAAAGUACGCUCGCUUGAAAACUGUCGACUAUGUGGCGAAACCCGAUUAUCACUAUGCGUACGGCGUGGACGAUCCCCACACAGGCAAUCAACAGAACCACAAAGAACAGCGUGAAGGAGAUGUCGUCAAUGGAGAAUAUUCAUUAGUCGAACCGGACGGUUCUCUUCGUAUCGUCCGCUACACCGCUGAUCCUAAAAAUGGCUUCCAGGCAACGGUGCACAAGCAACCUGCAGCACAAGCUCAACAACAGCAGGUAGAACAGCCAGUUCACUACGGUCGUAGGAAUCAGGAAGAAGAUGACUCCAGAGAGUACUAGUUUUAAUUAUUUUGUAAGAAAGUCGUUUGUAAGCGUUUUAGUUUUGUACUGUUGAUUAUUUAUUUAUGAACUAUUUUUAAGUUUUGGAAAUAAAUAAGUUAAA